GCGCUGCCGACAUUCAAAAACAUAUAAACUCGCUGCAUGCACUGCAGUUGCAGGCACAGCCAUGUGGCUACUCUCGCCUUUAUCUCUCACCCACCCGCGCCCCGAUUUGAAGCCUCAAUUCUUUCUCGUUUAUAACCAACCUUGAGUCGACCUCGGGAAGCACAACGUCGAGUAGUCGAACUCACCCAUCAUGGGAGAAACUACGGAGGAAAUCCAGCUUUCUGAGAAGAACCUCAAUAAUGUUGAGGUUUCUGUGCCUUCGACCCCGAACGAAUCUGAAUCAGAAGCUGUUCAGGCGACUCACCAGCACGAUGUACACAUCAAUUUGAGCUGGAGGUCAUGGGUUGUGGUGUUGAUAUCAUGCUUUGCUGUCCUGGCCCAGGUUUUUGUCGUCGUCGGAUCAUCAAAUGUUAUUGCCUUUAUCAUCCGUGACCUUGGUGAUCCGGCUAUUGUGGGAUGGAUCAUUCAGGGCCCUCUUCUCAUUCAAGCAACGCUUUCACCCAUCGUGGGCCGCUUGUCAGAUGUCGUGGACCGAAGAUACUUGGUCUCCAUUCCACCAUUGAUUGCUUUCGUCGGAGCUGUCAUUUCUGCCAAAGCCCAAGAUAUGGCAACUUUGAUCGGUGGUGGUAUCCUCAUCGGUGUCACUUUAACCAGUAUUUCCAUCACCCAAGCUAUUCCGGCUGAGGUUCUUCCCCUCAAGUACCGAUCCCUGUCUCAGGGACUUUGCUUCAUCGCGGGAUCUCUCGGUGGACUUCUCGGUGUCCUCGGAGGUGGUGGACUUACAAACACCAAUGCCAAUGGCUGGAGAGGAAUCUACUGGCUGCAAGCCGGACUUCAUUUGGCAACGUCCCUCGGUUUCCUUGCCUUUUAUUGGCCUGCUCGUCCAGCUGAUAGACCUCGGAAGUCCAUUAUGGAGGUUCUCUGGGCUAUGGACCCCAUUGGCUCAUUCCUCUUCAUGUCCGGCACAGCCCUCAUGCUCCUCGCUCUUGACUGGGCUGGUGGAACUUACCAAUGGCAUCAAGUUCAAGUCGCUGCACCACUCGGAAUCGGCAUGGGAUUGACUGUCUUGUUUGGCGUGUACGAGUGGCUUGGACGAAAGGAUGGUCUUGUGGCACACGUGUUCUUCAAGGGGAACAACAAUUUCGCUCUCUCGACCUUUGCCUUCGCAGUAGAGGGAUGGAUCUUCUUCAGCGCUGUCAACAGUGUCACCACUCAAAUCAUCCUCAAUCUGGGCUUCGAGAAUUCAGCGUGGAGAAUCUCUAUCCGCCAACUCAGCUUCAACCUUUGCAAUCUGUUUGCAUCAGUUCCCAUCAUCUGGUGGGCUACAAAGAGGAAAGACGUGAAGACCCCGCUCUACGUGACUUUUGUCCUAUUCCUUAUCACCUGCAUCUGUUACUCUUUCAUUAACCCAAGCAUGAGUAAGGCUCAAUAUGGCUUCAACGUGAUGGCUGGUAUCGGACAAGCAGGACCUCUGACCCUCCUCAUCGCUCUCGUCCAAUAUACUGCACCCCACGCCUACCUCGCCAACGCAACUGGUCUUGCAUUCUCCGCCCGUGCCAUCGGUGGUGCUUUCGGAUCCGCAGUCGUCAACGUCAUCAUCAACAGCAAGUUAGGCAAGACUCUUGUUCCCCAAGUAUCUUCGGCUGCCAUCAAGGCCGGUCUGCCAGCAUCCUCCAUUCCAGCUCUCAUGGAAGGCAUGGCAACGGGUAACCCCGUUGCCCUCGCAGCCGUCCCAGGUAUCAGCCCCAGCAUCCUCGGCGCAGCCUUUGACGCCAGCCACCACGCCUAUGCGGGGGCCUACAGACUCGCGUGGGCAUCCAUCAUUCCCUUCGUCGUCCUCGCUCUCGUGGCUAUCAUCUUCGUAAAGGGAGUUCAGGAUCUCAUGACCGAGGAGGUCGAGGCCACAGUCGAACAUGUCAGCUUGGUUGAGGAGAAGACGGUUUGAACCAUCGGAGCCAUGCUGGCAAUGCUUCGGGAUAAAGUCAAAGUCCGCCCUGUACUUUUCGGGAUGUUUGGGGUCACGAACUGAACGUGCUGGAUGUCUGCUGAACUGGAUGCCUUUCUUGGAAAUUUGGAACGCUAGACACCUAGCACGCGUUAAGAACCAUGGCUCGUAUUUUUUGAGAGAUGUAGAAGUUUUGGCAGUCGGCUGUAGCUUCUUGACUUUCCGGUCCCAUGUGUGAUCCUGCUUCCGAUAUUGUCUCGAUAUCAGCGCUUCAUGUCUUCGGAGGGGCUUCAAGUGAGGCCUUCAAUUAUUCAAUCAAAGGCUUUCUGACCCAGCAGUAGCAGCAUAUGACUUUUUCUCUCUCCUUUCUCUCUUGAAGUUCGUUGAAUUCAGUAUGUCC